AUGCGUGCAUCGCAGUUUGCGCGCGGCGCACUGCGUGCAUUCAGUACUUCUGCACAUGCUACGCGUGAGAACCGCGUAUCUGCGUUGAAUUUUAUGCUAAGCUCCGAGAGUGCCGUGUAUCGAGCGCGUCUCGCGGCGCUGGAGCAGCUAUUGCCCGCCAUCAAAGGGCGUUGGGGCGGCAUUGGAUUUGCCAUCACGCAAGCGCUGGGCCUCGGCGCAAUGCUUGAGUCUGAGGAGUCCGUGAUGCGCUUUGAGUCCGCACAGCCGUUAUAUUAUCCCGUCUGGAUUGCCGAGGGCAUUUGGAAAGUAAAAUGCCGUGGGGAUGCAGGCGCUGCUGAAGCGACGUUUGUGAGCACGAAUUCCGUAUUUCCUGGCAACACGUUCAAGCCUAUGGAUACGUUGCCUUUGCGCCCGCCGCCUUUGCGCAUGCCCGAAAUGGAGGGUCGCUGGCCGAGCAAUAUGGUGACCACAUCAGCCGACGAGCCGAUGCGAUACGAGUCAUUUUCCGCAGCGCGGCACUUGCACCCCAGCGUCAAGCUCGAGGACCCCAUCACGGUGCUCCCUUUUAAUGUAUCCCCUUUUGCUUUGUCUGAUGCAUUCCGCAAUGCCGAUCUGCGUACACUCGUGGUCGAUCUGCUCUCCGAAGGACCUGCUUUGCACAUCAACAAGCGCAUCUCGCUUCUCCCCGGCGUCGAAAUUCAAGUAGCAAACGUGAGCGAGCCCAAUGAACCGAAUGCGACUGCCAUGGUACGCAUCGAGCACGACUCGCUGGAUGUAAAGCUCAUGGCGUGCUACCCGAUUCUGCUCCCGCUGCACCUCGUUCGCUUCCGCUACGAUGCACAUGGCGAGCGCAACAAACUCGCGACUGUGGCACUGGGUGCAUGGGAUGCAAACCUGCUUGCAUAUGCAAUGCUGAGCGACGAGAACAAAGCGUGGGUUACAAAAGACAAUGUGUCCUGGCUCAAUAUUGAUAUCCUUGACUUUGACCCCGCCGUGCCGGUACCCAAACCAUCGCUGGAUCAACACACGGAAGACGCUGCCAUGCAACCUGAUGCACGCAUCAUUGAUCUCAUGGCACAGCAGUCUCAGGUGCAGAACGUCUUUGAGCAGCGCGCGACGGAUCUGCUUGAGCAUGCAGACUGGUCGGCUUGUACUGCGUGGGAGCACAAACAGGGCGGCGCGCCGUCGUCUGUUGAGGCCGAAGCGGGCCUUGGCGCGCUGAUUAACUGGGACGCUUCCGGCAUCCUGCCACUGCACGAGUGCAAGCUGGACACGCGACAGUACAUUAUCCUUUAUGGACAAGCACUGUUCAAUGCACGGCUGCUGGAGGGUAUUGAAAAGGAUCGCGCGGCGGGGCGCGAUAUUAGCACUGUGCAAUGCUUGCACAAUGGCAAUGUUGUGACCGGUGAAGAAGCGAUCGCUGCGCUUCAUGAACGGCAGCUGGAGAUCGAGUCGGCGCGCGACGCGAAUUGUCCAUCUUGGUUAGAUACAAAAUCUAUGUAG